AUGGCGUUCCCCCGUAACGCGAGGGGCAGCAGGCAAAGGACCAGAUCCCCGAUCCUGCUGCUGCUCGUCUGCGCCCUGGCCGGCGCUUUGUGGUGGCUGUUCUUCUCCUCGUCCUCUCGUAUUCUCCCGACUUGGGGGCCUGGAUCGGGUGUGGCGAGUCUUAAGAAUGACGUGUGGUCAAAUGGCCUGGAGAGGAAGUACUUGUAUUGGGGGAAUAGGGUUGAUUGCCCGGGGAAGCACUGCGACUCCUGCGCGGGGUUGGGUCACCAGGAGUCGAGCCUCCGAUGCGCAUUGGAGGAGGCCAUGUUCCUCAAUAGGUGAUGUGGAGAAUUUUUCCUGCCAUUUCGGGGGACAACGGAGUUCAAUUUUAUUAUAUAUCUUCAAAUACUGCUAUUCGUUUUCUCUGCUUUUCUCAAAAUUUGGGUGCUAUCUUAUUACUGAUAGAUUAUAGCUCAUAGAUUUUGAUAGAAAAAGUAUCUUAUUUCCUGUUUAUUUCGUAAUUUAUGUCUCUUGUGAUUCCGUCUUCGUUGCCGAGGAUCUGUACUCAACUCAAACCCUGCAUAAUUUUUUUUCCUUCCAGAGUGUUCGUGAUGCCGUCCCGAAUGUGCAUCAACCCGAUACACAACGAGAAGGGGAUCCUUCACAAGAGCGUGGAUGCAAGUUCAGAGGAGCGGUGAGCUUUAAUUUUGUGGUUCUAGCUUGGAUCAUAUAUUUGUGUUGGACGUAGGGUAGCUAUGAUGCUUCUUCCUAAUGGAUCUCUCUUGCAAUAUCAGGCUUCAUCUUGCCUCCAAUCCAAUUUAGGGUUUUGUCUUCGGUUUAUCCCAAUAUGGAAAAUACCAGAAAUUUCUCAUUUACCUUAAUAAGAGUGCAAUUGAUGUGGGAGAUGAUUUUCAAGUGGGCUGCCUACUGAAUAUGAUCAAGGAUAGGAAAAACUUGUACUACUUUGCUUCCUCAUUUCUGUCUAUUUCUGUGAGAUGAGAAGAGGAUUGUCUUUGGUUCUGUUCUUCGCAUCUUUUUUUAUUACAUGAAUGAUAGCAAUAAUAACCACCCUUUGGUAUUAUUAUUUUUUAAUUCAGAUGGGCGGCAAGUUCUUGUGCGAUGGAUUCGUUAUACGAUGUGGAUCUCAUAUCAAGGACUGUGCCCGUAAUUUUGGAUAAUUCAAAAAUAUGGUAUCAUGUAAUUUCCACGAGCAUGAAACUGGGAAAACGAGGGUUGGCUCAUGUUGAAGGGAUCAGCCGCCUCGAGCUUAAAGAAGAUAGUCUGCACUCAAAUGUUCUGCUAAUCAAUCGCACUGCGAGCCCCCUUUCAUGGUACUCCCUCUUUUGGAUCGAUGGCUCUCAUGUGAAGAACUUGCUGGCUCUCACUGAAAGUCCUUCAACCUUUUCCAUCGCAUUCUGUGUGAGAAAUCCUUAAUUUUUGCUAGGUGACUUCAGACUUGAGGAGUGCUUCUUAAUCAUGAUAAUCACACCCAGGUUCAUGGAGUGCAAGGAUCGGACCAACCGCAGCUCGAUCAAGCUUCCAUACUCAUUUCUCCCAUUGAUGGCUGCGAAGAAAUUGAGAGAUGUGGCAGACGAGGUCUGUACUUUAUACUGAUCAUCAGACCGAGGCUCACUGUUCUGUUUGCAUAAAACUGCUUGAAUUGUUCGAUUUUUCUCAAUUGUGGGAGGCCGCAGAUGGUGUUUUAUGUCCUAGAUCACUCCAGCUUUGAUUGCAAUGAGGGCUAUCAAUUGGUUCGUUCAUGAUCAUUCAGCUGAAUUCCCAAUUUGGAUUCUCCGUUGGGUUCCAAAUCCUAGAAAUUCUUUUUUUCUUUUUGUAAAUUUCACUCGCUCCAGUUUUUAUCUUGAUUCGUUUAUUUGUUAGACAAAUAUUUAGUUAUGAUCUGAUUCACAUGAAUCAGCCCCCUGGUUGGGCUGACUUUUAACCGGGCAAGCAUUAGUCAAGCCCAUCAUUGACUUUGCAUAUCGUUGUGACUCAUUCAAUCUUUGAUAUGCCAUAUUGUUAUCAUCCGGGAAUAAACCGGAUUGACUUUUUAAUCAUGAACUCCCUUAUUUAAAUGUUUCCUUGUUUAAUAAAUAUUUAAUUACUAUCUGAUUCACAUGAAUGAGGCCCCUGAUUGGGCUGACUUUUAACCGGGCGAGCAUUAGUCAAACCUAUAAUUGACUUUGGAUCGUUGUCACUCAUUCAAUCUUUGAUGUACCAUACUGUUAUCAUCUGGGGAAGUUUCGAUCUGAAUGUUCCGAUCUGUUCUUUGACUCGGGAAAUUUCCCCGGGGGCAGAUCAAGAGCCUCCUCGGAGAUUAUGAUGCAAUCCAUGUCCGCCGAGGAGAUAGAAUAAAAACCAGGAAGGACAGAUUUAGGAUCGAUCGAAGCCUCCAUCCUCAUCUGGACAGGGACACCCGCCCGGAGUUCAUUCAACGGAGGAUCGAGAAGUGGAUCCCUCCUGGACGGACCCUCUUCAUCGCCUCCGAUGAGCACACGCCGGGGUUCUUCUCGCCUCUUUCUGCCAGGUUUGACUUUUAUACAUUUCGUAUUAUUCCGCCAUUUUCUGGUAUCUAUGAGCAUAUAAAUCGUCGAGUAAUGUUAUUAUUUGGGGAUUUAUGGGGAUGAAUCUGUUCUCGGCAGGUACAGGAUGGCGUACGCAUCGAACUACAGCGAGAUUCUGGAGCCGGUGAUAGAGAACAACUACCAGCUGUUCAUGAUCGAGAGAUUGAUCUUGGUGGGGGCCAGAACGUUGGUGAAGACUUUCAAGGAAGAUGAAGCCGACCUCUGCCUCACCGACGACCCCAAGAAGAAUGCCAAGAUUUGGUCCAGGCCGGUCUACACCUUGGAUGAAAGUGGGGCCCACUAG